AUGGCUCCUCUACCUAUUAAGUUCACGGAGCUUGUUAAUUUAACAAAUGUUGAUAUCGCGCCGGCAUCAAUUGGAUUCAACUCAUGUACUCUAGAAUCGGACCACUUCGUUUGCAUCCGGCAAAAGCUCAACGAGGAAGAAAAGCCUCAAGUUAUCAUCAUAAACCUCAAAAAUAACAAUGAAGUCAUUAAACGGCCGAUCAACGCGGACAGUGCUAUCAUGCACUGGGACCGAAACAUCAUUGCUCUGAAGGCCCAAGGGAGGACAAUCCAGAUCUUCGACCUGACAGCAAAGCAGAAGCUCAAGUCUGCAGUCAUGAAUGAAGAUGUUGUCUACUGGAAGUGGUUCAGUGAAAAGAACCUAGGCUUGGUGACAGAGACUUCCGUCUAUCACUGGGAUGUUUUUGACCCCACCCAGUCCCAGCCGCUUAAGAUCUUUGAUCGGCUCCCUAACUUGAGUGGAUGCCAAAUCAUCAACUACCGCGUCAACGAUGAUGAAAAAUGGAUGGUGGUAGUUGGAAUUAGCCAACAGCAGGGGCGUGUCGUGGGCUCAAUGCAGCUCUACUCCAAAGAGCGUGGUAUCUCACAAUUCAUCGAAGGACACGCAGCUGCAUUUGCUUCCAUCAGAGUUGAGGGCUCUCCUCUGGAGCAUAAGCUCUUCUCUUUCGCUGUUCGUACGCAGACCGGUGCGAAGUUGCAGAUUGCCGAAAUCGACCACCAGGAGCCUAACCCUCGGUUCCAAAAGAAGGCCGUUGAAGUAUAUUUCCCCCAGGAGGCAGUCAAUGAUUUCCCCGUCGCGAUGCAGGUGUCCAAGAAGUACGACAUCGUGUACCUGGUCACUAAAUAUGGCUUUAUUCACCUCUAUGACCUCGAGACCGGUACCUGCAUCUUUAUGAACCGAAUCUCCAGCGAGACGAUCUUCACCACUGCUCCCGACUCCGAAUCGGCUGGCCUGAUUGGUGUGAACCGUAAGGGUCAAGUAUUGUCCGUCAGCGUCGAUGAGAACACUGUUAUUCAAUACUUGAUGGAGAACCCUGCCAUGUCGGGGCUUGCAGUUAAGCUCGCAUCUAAGGCUGGACUCCCCGGUGCGGACCACCUUUACCAGCAACAGUUCGAUAACCUCAUCGCGCAAGGCAAUUAUUCCGAAGCUGCAAAGAUCGCCGCCAACUCUCCCCGUGGAUUCUUGCGGACGCCAGAGACAAUCAACCGCUUCAAGAAUGCCCCGCAGACCGGACAGCAAAUGUCUGUCAUUCUCCAGUACUUCGGUAUGCUGCUGGAUAAGGGAUCUCUUAAUCGACACGAAAGUAUUGAGCUCGUCCGCCCCGUUUUGCAGCAGAACAGAAAGCACCUGCUGGAGAAGUGGAUGCGCGAAAACAAGCUGGAGGGCUCCGAGGAGCUUGGAGAUAUUGUUCGACCUUACGACAUGAACCUGGCUCUAAGCAUCUAUCUCCAAGCGAAUGUUCCCCAAAAGGUCGUCGCUGGGUUUGCCGAAACUGGCCAAUUUGACAAGAUUCUUGCCUAUUCCAAGCAAGCUGGAUACCAGCCCGACUAUACCCAGCUUUUGCAACACAUUGUCCGCGUGAACCCGGAGAAGGGUGCUGAGUUUGCCUCCCAGCUUGCUAAUGAAGAGAGUGGUGCACUCAUCGACUUGGACCGUGUCGUGGAUGUUUUCCUGUCCCAGAACAUGAUCCAACAGGCCACGUCGUUCCUGCUCGAUGCCCUUAAGGAUAACAAGCCUGAGCAUGGGCACUUGCAAACCAGAUUGCUUGAGAUGAACUUGGUCAAUGCCCCACAAGUUGCAGACGCCAUCCUUGGUAAUGAGAUCUUCACUCACUAUGACAGGCCCCGCAUCUCCCAGCUUUGCGAGAACGCCGGUCUUAUUCAGCGUGCACUGGAGAACACUGACGAUAUUGCCGCGAUCAAGCGCAACAUUGUCCGUACUGAUAAGCUGAACUCUGAGUGGUUGAUGAACUACUUCGGCCGUUUGUCCGUGGAGCAGACUCUGGAUUGCAUGGACACGAUGCUGCAAGUGAACAUCCGUCAGAAUUUGCAAGCUGUUGUCCAGCUUUGCACCAAAUUCUCUGAUCUCCUGGGCCCUGGCCAGCUCAUCACCCUUCUUGAGAAGUACCGUACUGCCGAAGGUCUUUACUACUAUCUGGGAAGUAUUGUGAAUCUCAGCGAAGACCCUGAGGUUCACUUCAAGUACAUCGAGGCUGCAACUGCUAUGGGCCAGACGACCGAAGUAGAGCGUAUCUGUCGUGAGAGCAACUACUACAACCCAGAGAAGGUCAAGAACUUCCUGAAGGAAGCCAAAUUGACCGAACAGCUUCCAUUAAUAAUUGUUUGCGAUCGCUUUAACUUCAUCCAUGACCUGGUCCUUUACCUUUACCAGAAUCAGCAGUUCAAGUCCAUUGAAGUCUAUGUGCAGCGCGUGAACCCCUCCCGUGCUCCGGCUGUCGUCGGAGGGCUACUAGACGUCGAUUGUGAUGAGAGCAUCAUUAAGAAUCUUCUUUCGACUGUCGACCCAUCUGUGAUCCCCAUUGAUGAGCUCGUUAACGAGGUAGAGACCCGGAACAGACUGAAGCUGCUUCUGCCCUUCCUCGAGGCGACCCUUGCUACUGGUAACCAGCAGCAGGCCGUUUACAACGCCCUCGCAAAGAUCUACAUUGACAGCAACAACAACCCGGAGAAGUUCCUCAAGGAAAAUGAUCUGUAUGACACCUUGACGGUCGGAAAAUACUGCGAGAAGCGUGAUCCAAACCUGGCGUACAUUUCGUACCGUAAGGGCCAGAAUGAUCUGGAGCUCAUUAACAUCACCAACGAGAACGCCAUGUACCGGGCGCAGGGUCGUUACCUUGUCGAACGGGCUGACCCUGAGAUUUGGUCGUUUGUCUUGAGUGAGAACAACGUGCACCGUCGGUCUCUCGUCGAUCAAGUCAUUGCAACCGCCGUACCUGAAUCGACGGAGCCUGAUAAGGUGUCGGUUGCUGUCAAGGCUUUCCUCGAAGCCGAUCUUCCUGGCGAGCUUAUCGAACUACUGGAGAAGAUCAUUCUUGAACCGUCGCCUUUCAGCGACAAUGGCAGUUUGCAGAAUCUGCUGAUGUUAACCGCAGCUAAGGCUGACAAGGGACGUUUGAUGGAUUACAUUCACCAGCUCAAUGAAUUCAGCCCCGAUGAGAUUUCAGAGAUGUGUAUCUCGGUAGGCCUGUACGAGGAGGCAUUCGAAAUCUACAAGAAGGUCAACAACUAUAUCGCCGCUGUCAAUGUUCUCGUUGAGAAUAUCGUCAGCAUUGACCGGGCGCACGAGUUCGCCGAACGUGUCGAAUUGCCGGAAGUGUGGAGCAAGGUUGCUAAGGCACAGCUGGAUGGACUUCGUGUUUCCGAUUCCAUUGAAUCCUAUAUUCGUGCUGGUGAUCCCUCGAACUACAACGAGGUUAUCGAAAUCGCCACUCACGCCGGCAAGGAUGAUGAUCUCGUCAAGUAUCUGAAGAUGGCCCGCAAGACCUUGCGUGAGCCCGCCAUUGACACCGGCCUGGCGUUCUGCUAUGCUCGCCUUGAUCAACUUUCGGAACUGGAGGACUUCUUGCGGUCCACUAACGUUGCCGACGUUGAAGCGUCUGGUGACAAGGCUUACGAAGAGGGUUACCAUCAGGCCGCCAAGAUCUUCUACACUAGUAUCUCAAAUUGGGCUAAAUUGGCGACCACCUUGGUGCAUUUGGAAGAUUAUCAGGCCGCGGUGGAGUGUGCACGGAAGGCCAAUAGUGUGAAGGUCUGGAAGCAGGUCAACGAGGCGUGUGUUGCCAAGAAAGAAUUCCGCCUCGCUCAAAUUUGUGGUCUUAACCUCAUUGUCCACGCGGAAGAGCUGCAAGACCUUGUGCGCCAGUACGAACGCAACGGCUAUUUCGAUGAACUCAUUGGGGUUCUCGAGGCCGGUCUGGGCCUGGAGCGUGCUCAUAUGGGCAUGUUUACGGAAUUGGGCAUUGCUCUUUCCAAGUAUCAUCCUGACCGGGUGAUGGAGCACCUCAAGCUCUUCUGGUCGCGCAUCAACAUCCCUAAGAUGAUCCGUGCCUGUGAGGAAGCCAGCCUUUGGCCUGAGCUGGUGUUCUUGUACUGUCACUAUGAUGAAUGGGACAAUGCCGCUCUGGCGAUGAUGGAACGUGCCGCUGAUGCCUGGGAGCAUCACUCGUUCAAGGAUAUCGUCGUCAAGGUUGCCAACCUGGAGAUUUACUACCGUGCACUCAACUUUUACCUGCAGGAGCAGCCCCUACUACUCACGGAUCUUUUGCAGGUGUUGACACCUCGUAUUGACGUCAACCGUGUUGUGCGCAUUUUCCAGGCCUCCGACAAUAUUCCUCUGAUCAAGCCAUUCAUGUUGAACGUCCAAACUCAAAACAAGAGGGCGGUGAACGAUGCCAUCAACGAUCUGCUGAUUGAAGAGGAGGAUUACAAGACGUUGCGUGAUUCUGUGGACAACUACGACAACUUUGACGCCGUGGAUCUCGCGCAACGUUUGGAGAAGCAUGACCUUAUUUUCUUCCGACAGAUUGCUGCCAACAUUUACCGCAACAACAAGCGCUGGGAGAAAUCGAUUGCUCUUUCCAAGCAAGACAAGCUCUACAAGGAUGCUAUUGAGACCGCAGCGAUCUCGGCUAAGUCCGAUGUGGUUGAAGAACUCCUUCGCUACUUUGUGGAUAUUGGUAGCCGCGAGUGCUACGUUGGCAUGCUAUAUGCUUGCUAUGAUCUCAUUCGUCCGGAUGUGAUCUUGGAGAUGUCGUGGCGCAACGGUCUCCAUGACUUCACCAUGCCCUUCAUGAUCAACUUCCUCUGCGAGCAGACGCGGGCGAUCGAGACGCUCAAGAAGGACAACGAGGAACGAAAGAAGCGGGAGGUGUCGCAGAAGACGGAGGAGGACAAUACGCCGAUCUUGGGUGGCUCGCGGCUGAUGCUGACCCAGGGCCCAGCGGCACCUGCGCCAAGUCCCAUGGCAUACCAGCAGACCAACGGGAUCACGCCGCAGGCCACCGGAUUCCGCCCCUUCUAG